AACACAGGAAGAGGUGUCCUGGAGCCGGCUCUGCCUGCACCCCAGGGCGCUGGGGGCGGGCAUGGGGGAGGGUGGUAUAAGAGGACAGCCCUGCAGAGGGCUGCAGACACUUGGCUCCCAACUGAGGCCAGAACUGAGAUCAGAUCAGCCCUCUGGAGCUCCAGCAGAGGCCAGUCCUUAUCUGGCACUCCCUGAGAGGUACCAUGGAGGGAUGCCUUCUCCCGUCCUUGCUAAUUCUGCUGCUGUCCUUAGUCCCGGGAACCGCUGGACAAGAUGAUCAGGGUGACAAGAGUGGGGACAAGAUCAUCGAUGGCUUCCCGUGUGAAAGAGGCUCCCACCCGUGGCAGGUGGCCCUGCUCAAGAACGACCAGCUGCACUGCGGGGGCGUGCUGCUCAGCGAGCGCUGGGUGCUCACCGCCGCCCACUGCAGGAUGAGUGAGUACAAUGUGCACUUGGGCAGUGAUCGACUGGGGGACAAGAGUGCCCAGAAGAUCAGGGCCUCAAGGUCAUUCCGACACCCGGGCUACUCCACAAGGACCCAUGCUAACGACCUCAUGCUGGUGAGGCUGAACAGGCCGGCCAAGCUGUCCUCACAGGUGAAGAAGGUCAACCUGCCCUCCAGCUGCGAACCCGCAGGGACCACAUGUACUGUCUCUGGCUGGGGCACCACCACCAGCCCUGAUGUGACCUUUCCAGCAGAGCUCAUGUGCACUGAUGUCCAGCUCAUCUCCGCCAGGGAUUGCAAGAAGGUUUACAAGGAUCUUCUGGGGAAAACCAUGCUGUGUGCUGGUAUCCCUGACGCCAAGACCAACACCUGCAACGGUGACUCAGGGGGACCAUUGGUGUGCAAAGGUACCCUGCAAGGUAUAGUGUCCUGGGGAACUUUCCCUUGUGGCCAACCCAAUGACCCAGGUGUCUACACCCAAGUCUGCAAGUUUACUGGUUGGAUAAAGGAGACCAUGAGAAAGCAUCGAAGGCCGAGGACCGGAGCUGCUGGGAGCGUGGCACUGGCUCGGGUGGACAAAGCCGGAUUGUCUGAGGCCCUUUCCCCAGAGCGCCAGGGCCCGCUCCCCAGCCCGGGGCAGGGCCAGGCCCAGCCUGCUGACACGCCCUUCCUCACUGCUGGCUGCGCACUCGCCUGGACCCAGAGGUCGUCAGCACCCACAGAGGGACUUCUGGGCAGAAACCUGUGGCUAGGAGGCCCCAGGCCACCCACAGGAAUGGACUCCAAGAAGACGCUGACGGUGGUGCUUGCCCUCGUGGCUGCAGCCUGGGCAGAGGAGCAGAAUAAGUUGGUCCACGGGGGACCCUGUGAGAAGACCUCCCACCCCUACCAAGCUGCCCUCUACACCUCGGGCCACCUGCUCUGUGGCGGGGUCCUCAUUCACCCGCAGUGGGUCCUCACAGCUGCCCACUGCAAAAAACCAAAGCUUCAGGUCUACCUGGGGAAGCAUAACCUCCGGCAAAGGGAGAAUUCUCAGGAACAGAGCUCUGUCGUCCAGGCAGUGGCCCACCCUGGCUACAAUGCUGCCACCCAUGACCAGGACAUCAUGCUGUUACGUCUGGAAUACCCAGUCAAACUCUCUGAAUGGAUCCAGCCUCUGCCGCUGGAGAAGAACUGCUUGGCCAACCACACCAGCUGCCACAUUCUGGGCUGGGGCAAGACUGCAGAUGGUGACUUCCCCGACACCAUCCAGUGUGCCUACAUCCACCUGGUGCCGCCCGAGGAGUGCGAGCGUGCCUACCCUGGCCAGAUCACCCCCAACAUGGUGUGCGCAGGCGAUGAGAAGCACGGGAAGGAUUCCUGCCAGGGUGAUUCUGGGGGUCCACUGGUAUGCGGAAACCGCCUCCGAGGUCUUGUGUCAUGGGGUAAUGUCCCCUGUGGAUCGAAGGAGAAGCCAGGAGUCUACACUGACGUCUGCAGAUAUAUCAACUGGAUCCGAAAAACCAUUCGAGCCAAGUGACCCUGACAUGUGACAUCCCCAGCUCUUGACCUUUGACCUUACUGGCUGGCUCCAGAAUAUCUUUCCCCAGGACCUUGCCUUCCCUCCCCACCUGCCUGGUUGUGACCCUUGACGCUUCAUAAAGGCAGUGACGCAAGAACACAAAUUCUCCCUGAUUUGACCCCAGCUCCUCCCUUGCUCUGCCAGGAUGGGAGAGCGAGGACAGGCUGCAGUCUGACCCCACUACUAAGAGAACCCAGAUCCCUCUAGGCCUCUCUCCCUGCCUGAGCUUGUUCUUCUCGCAGAGUGUUGGUUCCACUGGCAAAUACGGAGCUGGAAUCCCAGUUCCAUCGCUUGCUAUCCCAGUACCUCAGGAAGUACCUUCCUUUACAGAGUAAAUUAGGAUAACAGUAUAUUCCUUUUAGGACAGGGGCUACUGGGAAGAUGUGAAGUUACAAGCACACGAAAUACAUAGAACAGUGCCUUGCCCACCAUGCGCUCAAUAAAGGAUGAAUUUUA